AUGUCACUUGGAGAGAGCGCUUUCUCGGGUCUGCGACGACGCAAGAAGCCUAACGACGAUGUCGAUACUGAGGACGUCAUCGGCGCCCUGGAUGGACCUCCUCGCUUGACCAAGAGGGCCCGCAUGCGUCCCAAAACUCGCGCCACCGAUGACAGCGGGCUCGCCUCUUUCUCCACCCCCGUCGCCGCGCGGGCCGUUCCGUCUCACGCCAAAACCUCCGCCUCCCCAGCGACUCCCGUGGCGCUCCCAGAAGAGAACGCCGACGGUGCACAGCGUGCUGCGAGAAUAACUCAAGCACUGCAGAUGCUGAAGGACAGAGUUGCAGGACGCCCCACGGGCACGAGCACCCUCGACCCAGCCGCCCUCCCUGCGCCCCAGCCCACGCCCACGACCGCCAAGCCCAACACCGCCCCCGUCUCUUUUGCUCACAAUCGGGCUCCAACUUCAGCCUCCCCGAGUCUCAUCGCCGAGCUCGAAGUCCAGCGUACCCGCGUCCAAGCGUCCAAGGCCGAAGUGCGCGCCUACGAGGAGAAGAUCAGGGACCUGACGCGCCGAGCCAUGGCGGCAGAGGGAAAGCUGCAAGACGCACAGUGGAACAACAAAAAGUUGGAGCUGCAGGCAGAUAUGGCCGAGGAGCGCGCUCGCACGACGGCCGCAGAGCUGGUCCAGGUCAAGCUGCGUGCUCGGAAUGCAGAGGGUGAGCUCACGGAAGCCAGGCAGCGUAUCAAGAAGGCGGAGGAGAGCAUGCUCGAGGCGCACUAUGAGGCGGCGGAUGCUCACGAGCGGGCUGAGAAAGCGGAGAAGAGGGCCGAGGAGGCUAGACAGCGUCUUGUCGCUGCUGAAGCUCGCUGGAGUGAGAGGGUGGAAGUUAAGCAGGAGCCGACUGAACGAGAGCCGACAUCGUCUUCGAGGCGCAGCGGUAAGCCUUCGGUGGACGUCAAGCCGGAUGUCGAAGAUCGACCUGCAUCUCGGCCUCAACAGUCGCUCAAGCGCAAGCCAUCCGAAGAGGAUGUCAAGCCGUCCAAGCGCCAACUGCAAGCCCCUCGUGCACCCAGCUUCCACCAUGUGUCAAGCGCUCGGCCUCACAAUCAAUGGUACAUCCCAUCCCCCGGUCUUCCUCCCGCUCCGCCUCCUACCCUCUCCAUCGACAGACAACAGCAGCACCACCAGAUUGAACCAGACUUCGGUCUGCGGUCGCCUAAGCGCGACCCCCGGGAUACCCUGUAUCGUGACUCCCUCCGCUUCGUCGCGCCCCGCACCAACUCGCAGAUGGCCUCAGUAGCCAACAAACUCUCCCAGCUCAAGACCGAGAAUGAGUCGCUGAGAACGCAAGUCCAGGUCGCUCAGGCUAAUGCCAAGUCCUACGCCCUCAAGAGCGCCGAUCUCGUCUUGCGCGUCGUGAAGGCGGAGAAUGCCGUCAAGGAGGCGGGGCGGAAGGCCAAGGCAGCCGAGGAGUGUGCAGGGGUGGCUGAGCGCAUGUCCAAGGACGCAGAGGAGAGGACAGGAAAGAUCACCGAGCUGGAACGCCAACUCGCCGACAUGCAACUCAAGCUCGCCAACGCCAAGAAUCGCGCCGAAGAAGCCGAGAGCAAGAUCGACGUCGCUGAGCACAAGGCCAGCACGGCAGAGCGCAAGAUUAGUGCGGCCGAGCGACGGGCGACCGCUGCGCAACGCAAGACUCAGGAAGUCAAGACGACGUUAAAGGAGGUGGAGGGCAGGGCGCAGAAGGCAGAGCGGAAGGUUCAUCUCGCCGAGGGCCGGACCCGGACGGCGGAGUAUCGCGCCGAAGAGGCAAAGUGCAAGGCCGAGGAGGCGCAGCGCAAUCUCGAGGCUGCCGUGACUCGAGCGACCGAGGCGGACAAGGAGGCGGAAGAGGCUGAGCGCAAGGCACAGGAAGCAGAGAGUAGGGCUGCGGCGGCCGAACGCAAGGCCGAGAAGAAGGCGGACAAGUUGGCCGCCGCCUACCGCCGUGCCUCGGAGGCUGAGACUCGCGCCGAAGCGGCCGAGAACAAGGCCAAGUACGCCGAACGACUUCGCAAGGAUGCUGUCCGCAAGGAGAGGAUGCUCACGGAGAAUGUGAAGGUGUCUGAUCACGAACUCGAGCAUCUCGCCCACCGUACCAUUGACGCCGAGGUCUGGGCGUUAAGGGCAGAGUGCGUCGCUGCUGAAGCCGAAGAGCGGGCCGAGCGCCAAGCUAUCACCGCCACCCUCGACACCGACGCCCUCAACACCGCUGUCCGCGAUGCAGCCUCAGCGGCCGAGCGCAUGGAGACCCUCAAGCGCGAUCUCGAACAUGCAAACCACCGAGCGCAAGACGCCGAGAUUUGGGCCAUCAGGACUGAGUCUCUCGCAGCCGAGAACGAUGAGAAGGCCGAAACGUUCCGGGAGCAAAGGGAGAAGAUGAAGCGCGAGAACACGCAACUGAAGCGGCGGGCGACCAAGGCGGAGAACAAGGCCAGAGUGGCUCUGCGCCGCGCUGCUGAGGCUGAGGAGAAAGUCAACCUCGCUGUCGAGCUUGCGGGGCAGGAGCUCGCUCUUCGGCCCGUGUCGCCCUCGGAGUCAUCAAGCGGUGAAGAUGCAGAGAUCUACGAACUGCCCCAGCUCCGUGAACGACCCUCACUCUUCGAUCAUGGCACCAGCCAUGUGUCAGACACACCAGACGAGAGCUCCGCACUUUUCCACAACUUGGCAUCUGAAGAACCUAGCGCACCCCCAGAGCCUGCCUCGCCCAGUACACCCUCGACACCUCGUGCACCCACCUGGAUACGCAGCCACCAAGCAUACCCCCUCGCGCCCCUGCCCCGAGCUCCAGCUCAGGCAAGCAGUGAAGACUGGCAGCGCCUCUUCACGCUUCAUGCCGAGGUACAAGCGAUUCUGGGCCCGCUGCACCGCGAGGUCGAACAGCACGCAGAGGCUGAACACCCCCAGGCGGCGUCCUGGACGAAGCACGUCGAGAUGUUCUACGGGCUGUGUGCCAUGUCGGCGGCCAAGAUGUGGAGUCUUGAGCGCCGGGGCAGGCUCAUGGACAAGGACGCGACGGAGGAGGCGAGGAGGCAGUUUGAGUGGGUGCGCCGGAAGGCUGAUGAGCUGCAGGAGCAGAUCGGGGAAAGCACACUGUAG